GGGUUUUUGUCUUCCCCCCCACUUCCCGUAUUUUCCCAUAUUUUCUAGGAAAUCGACGAUUAAUUGUGUCUGUGUGUUUUUUCCCCUCCUGACGAAAGGUGCCCGGCGCGGCACGAAGAGCAGCGCGCGGACCUCCAUUUGGCAGCGCACGCCGGAGUCUUUCACAGCGAGGUGGUCCUCACAGUCGUUAGACAGGGGUUUAACGAGGCGCACUCCUCGUUGGUCAUGCCCUCGGACUUGCGCAUCCAAAGCGGCCUGCUCUUGCCGAGCUGCUCCUACUCGUGGGGUGCCUCCUCGACCUUCCUUGUAUCAUCAUUGGUGUCCUCCUUCUCGCUCUCCUCAUCGACCUCCUGGAUGUUCGGCUCGUUGCCUUCUUUCUCCUCGUCCUUCUUAUCCUCUUCCUCCUAUUCCCUGGAAUCCGUCACACCCUUGUCCUUUGAUUACUCCGCGCGCAGCUCCAUGGGAAGGCCGAUGAACGCAGAGUGCUUUCUGACUGGAUACUUCAGGCGGCGCUCCUCCCGGAACUCCGCCUGGUUCUCCUUAAGAUAGCAGAUGAUCUGGGUGUCGGGCAUGAUCUCCCCGUGCGCCAUCGCCGUGCCCUUCUGCAUCGGGAAGGAGCCACCAGCAUCGGACUCCCAGAUGUUCUGCUCGUCCUCGCUGCUCUUGCUGAUCGCUUGCACAUUGUCCUAGACGAGAAACGCGGAGAUGAAGCCGACGCAUAUACAAGUCAGUGCUAUGACGUGAGCGGCCAUACGCUCCUCGAGGCUAAGACAUCACUAUGUGAGAAGUUGGCCCGCCCGAUUGUCCGACCUGCUCUCGCAACAGAAACCGAUGCCACGCUGCUAGAAGGGCCCGAGCAACACGGCUGCGCUAU